UGCCGGCAGGAGGAGAACUUCAGGCACUGUGCGGGUCUGUGCUCGUGUCUGUCACAUCCACAGAUGCUUUUAUGGGGUCAGCUCCGAACUGCUGAGCCUCCCGCUUGAUAGCGCUGCCCGUGAUGCUCGUUUGCUGGCAGUGCUAAUAAGGCAGAGUGCCGAAUGAGAUCUUCGGGCUAAGGGACCUUGGCAUGCUGACCCCCAGCACCCCGUCAUCCCUCUAAAUCUAAAUCUCUGCCAUGCCCGGCUCUCCAUCUACCACCACGUACCGCUGCAGACGCGGGCACGGCAAAAGCAAAGCCAGCGCUGUUCCCAGCUGCCAUCGGAGCCGCCUCGGUGACUCAGCAGCCGCGCUGAAAGCUCCUUUAUUUAUUUAAACGGCUGCUCCCGCUCGGCUGAGCAUCCCCUGCAGCGAUGCUGCUGCUGCAGCUCUGCGAGGACCAGAGCAGCACCCCAGGCCCCCCGCUUUGCUUUGGCUGUGAUGGCUUUGAGUAGCUGGGUGCUCAGCCCCGCUCUGCAGCUCUGCGCCGCCGGCCCUGCCUGCUCCUGGGAGAUGCUGCACGUGGCUGGAGCAGGUGUGUGUGGCUGCUGUGGUGCCCUGCGUCCCCGCUACAAAAGACUUGUUGACAACAUCUUCCCCGAGGACCCGGAGGAUGGGUUGGUGAAGACCAACAUGGAAAAGCUGACAUUCUACGCCCUGUCUGCCCCAGAGAAGCUGGAUCGCAUCGGUGCUUACCUCUCUGAGCGGCUUAUCAGAGACGUGAGCCGGCACCGAUAUGGGUAUGUGUGCAUUGCCAUGGAGGCCCUGGACCAGCUCCUCAUGGCCUGUCACUGCCAGAGCAUCAAUCUCUUUGUGGAGAGCUUCCUGAAGAUGGUGGCAAAGCUGCUGGAGUCAGAGAAGCCCAACCUACAGAUCCUGGGGACAAACUCAUUUGUGAAGUUUGCCAACAUUGAGGAGGACACCCCGUCUUACCACCGCAGCUAUGACUUCUUUGUCUCCCGCUUCAGUGAGAUGUGCCACUCUAGCCACGAUGACCUGGAGAUCCGGACAAAGAUCCGGAUGUCUGGCAUUAAAGGCCUGCAGGGAGUAGUGAGGAAGACGGUGAAUGACGAACUCCAAGCCAACAUCUGGGACCCUCAACACAUGGACAAAAUUGUGCCCUCACUGCUCUUCAACUUACAGCACGUGGAGGAGGCUGAAAGCCGCUCCCCUUCCCCGCUGCAAGCCACUGAGAAGGAGAAAGAGAGUCCCACAGAGCUGGCAGAGAGGUGUCUGCGGGAGCUGCUGGGCCGGGCGGCGUACAGCAACAUCAAGAACGCCAUCACACCUGUUCUCAUCCACCUGGAUAACCACUCGCUCUGGGAGCCGAAGAUCUUUGCCACCCGCUGCUUCAGGAUCAUCAUGUACUCAAUCCAGCCACAGCACUCCCAUCUCGUGAUCCAGCAGCUUCUUGGCCACCUGGAUGCCAACAGCAAGAGCGCAGCCACUGUGCGUGCAGGCAUUGUGGAGGUCCUCUCGGAAGCAGCAGUGAUUGCAGCCUCUGGAUCUGUUGGCCCCACGGUGCUGGAGGUGUUUAACACCUUGCUGAGGCAGCUGCGGCUCAGCAUCGACUACGCGCUGACGGGGAGCUACAACUGCAUCACCGGUGUGAGCACCAAGAUCAUCAAAGAGCACGAGGAGAGGAUGUUCCAGGAGGCCGUCAUUAAAACCAUAGGAUCCUUUGCCAGCACACUGCCCACUUACCAGCAGUCAGAGGUGAUGGCCUUCAUCAUGAACAAGGUGCCUCUGCCAUCCUCACAGCAGUCUAUCGAGGCUGGUAAAGCUGGGGAGAAUCGAAAUCGGCUGACACAGAUAAUGCUCCUCAAGUCCCUCCUACAGGUCUCCGUGGGCUUCCAGUGCAGUAACAUGCUCACAGCACUUCCCAGCGCCUUCCUGGACAGGCUGCUCUCUGCAGCCCUCAUGGAGGAUGCUGAGAUUCGCCUCUUUGUCCUUGAGAUCCUCAUCAGCUUCAUUGAUCGCCAUGACAACCGGCAGAAGUUCUCUACCAUCAGCACCAUCAGCGACAUCUCAGUCCUGAAGCUGAAAGUGGAAAAAUGCUCGCGCCAGGAUACUGUCUUCAUGAAGAAGCAUAGCCAGCAGCUCUUCCGGCACAUCUACCUGAUAUGCAAGGAGGAGAGCAACAUCCAGGCUCACUAUGAGGCUCUCUACAGCAUGCUGGUGCUCAUCAGCAUUGAGCUGGCUAAUGAGGAGGUUGUAGUGGACCUCAUCCGCCUGGUGCUGGCAGUGCAGGAGAUAGCCCAGAUCAACGAAGACAACUUGACAGCAUACAACCGCUGUGCGCUCUUCGCCCUUGGUGCAGCUUACCUGAACCUCAUCAGCCAGCUCAUCACCGUGCCCACCUUCUGCCAGCACAUCCACGAGGUCAUCCAGAUGCGACAGAAGGAAGCUCCCUAUCUGCUGCCUGAAGAUGUGUUUGUGGAGAGACCCAGGUUAAGCAAGAGCCUUGACCGCCUGGGCCCAGAGGUCUUCUUCUGGCAGAGCAAGAUCAGUGAAGUGCUGGGUGGCAGUGGUUACAAUGCAGACCGGCUCAGCACACCCUAUGUCCCCCAGCUGACUGAUGAAGACCGCUUGUCCAAGAGGAAGAGCAUUGGCGAGACCAUUUCCCUGCAGGUUGAAGUGGAGUCUAGAAACAGUCCUGAGCGAGAGCAGAGAGCACCAGCUGAAGAGAUCACAUAUGAGACACUGAAAAAGGCAAUAGUAGACAGCGUCGCCGUGGAGGAGCAAGAACGAGAGCGGAGGCGACAAGUGGUGGAGAAAUUUCAGAAAGCCCCAUUUGAGGAGAUUGCUGCUCACUGUGGUGCUCGGGCGACGCUGCUGCAGAGCAAGCUCAACCAGAUCUUUGAGAUCACCAUACGGCCACCACCGAGCCCAUCAGGCACCAUCACAGCUGCCUAUGGCCAGCCCCAGAACCACUCCAUCCCAGUGUAUGAGAUGAAGUUCCCGGACCUGUGUGUGUACUGAGGAUGGCCGUGCUGGUAGGACAGAGCCUGCUGCACAGCUUGUGCCAAAGGACCUCCUGGGGAGAGACUGCCAACCACCUGGAGAGUGCAUCCUUCUGCAUGACAGAUAGGGACGUGAACACUAAGACUAUCCCAAGAUUCAUUGGCACCACAAACCAUGUACUUUCUUUAGUGAUCCCCUGCUGAUAUUCUGGGGGCAGCUGGUGGUGCAGGAAGGUGUGUCGUUGCUCUGACCUCCCUCUCCAAUUUUGUUCUUGGAGAGGGGGUAGGAGGUGCUCUGGUUCCUGGCAGAGAGCUUUGGGCAUGUACAUCUUCCCAACGUAAAACAAACCUGUUCCUUGGGGAAUCCCUCCCCAAAUCAUCUGUUAGCCAUGUUGGAAACCCCUGGCGAGGGUGCAGGGGUGAAGCUGCAGGGUGUGAGAUUGUAAAAGGGGAUUGUGUGGUGCAGCGUGGGGCAGCUGUAAAAUUAAAUCCUGCUGGAGCUCAUGCACAAAGCAGGUGACUGUAAAGGGUGCAGUCCACACAUCCAGCUCCUGGCCUGUGAGCUGCAUCUUCCCAGCAGCUGCCCCAGUGCGUGGCCGGUUGCUCGGGUACUUCAUUCUGGACAAGAGGAGUGCCUGGAGUGACAGGAGGGCAGCAACUGUCCCAUCCUAGUGUUGGGAUACACAACCUGGCUGGUUCCAGGUCACUUGAAAACGUGAUUUAUUUGGAAAACUUUUCUUGAGGAGGAGGGGAGAUCCAAAAGAGCUAUACUUGACUUGUCCAUGUCAUCAGCAGGGUGCUCUCGGGGAGCCAUACAGCAGCCACAGGCAGUGCUCAUGCAGUGAGGCACCUGGGGCCACCAUAAGUCAUGAGUAGAAACCACAUUUGGGCAUAUCAACACACUAACCAACUAUUUUCAUGGUUUAUGGUUUCACAGUUUCUGGUUUGGGAUUUCACAGUGUUAGCAUUCCUGUCUGAGGAAUAGAUUACUUUUUUUAACAGAAUCCUUUUGGAAAAAAAAAAAGAAGAAAAAGGCCUCUGUUGUGGUCAGGCAGCUUUUUGCUGAGCCAAGCAUGGAGCCUCCUGCACCAGGGCUGCGGUGAAAUCCCAGCUCACCUCUGGGGCAGCCCCUUUCCUUCCAGCUGGACACAUUGCUUCACUGCAGGAGGAGACACAGGAGGAUCUAAAACUCAAAACUGGAGGUGUGGGAGAUGCUGCUGUGCACAGCAGGGGGACAGCAGGUGAUGACAAUGGUCACAGUGGUGCUGCCUGUGCCCAGCUGGGUUGCUUCAGUGACCACUCAUUUCUCCACCCCUUCUCACGGUAGCUCUUCAGACAGUUAUUUGAAGGUGUAAUUGCACGUUAACAUCCUUUUUUUUCUUCUUCUCUCUCCUUUUUUUAGUUUGGUGGCGGGUGCAGUUUGCAGUUGCCCCGAGGUUACCACUUGUUUAUGUGGUUGUCAUUUAAUCCGGGUUUAGGAAAUGACCUAGCUUAAGAGGACAGGAAAAACGAGGGUUUAUUUCAGUCCCUGGGUGGGAUUGCAGCCCUGCCCAGAGCCUGAGGCUGUCCUUUGCCACAGCCACUCCUUGGGGGUCCCCCCCUAUCUUUCUGUUCCCAGCCUGUCCCGUUUUGUUCCCUUAGUUAUGCCUAGUCCCCCAUGGGGUUUUGGCUGGGUGAAGUUGCAGAGCUGGCAUUGGGAACGUGAGGAGGCUGCUUGACAAAGGAUGUUUUGCUCCCAUAGCUGUGCUAAUGAAAAGCAGUAAAAGUUCAGCAAAAUGCAGUAGGAGAAGCGAUUAACCCCCAGGCUGUGUGUGCAUGGGGGGGGAGACGCUUCCAAACCCCUUCAAAUUCAGAAGGGAGGUGGGAAGAUGAGCACGAGGCUUGCUCCUUGGAACCUAGCUGCCAUGGGGAUGGCACAGGGCACGUCCUGGGGUUCCAUUGCUGCUCAGGGAACCUGGGCCAGGACUGCACCUUAUCCCCUAUCCCCUGGCUGGGGGUUUCGGUGUGGUCUCCCUGGUCCCAGUGCUGUUCCCUCGCUACAUCCCCCAGCACAUCCCCUAUUCCCCUCCAAAAGCAAGUGCUGGCUGUGCUCAGCAUUGCAUUUCAGGACCCAAACUCCACCUGUAAAUGUCCCUACACACACACACACACACACAGUGUAAGUGACUCGUUUGUACAUCACGUUUAGUUUAGAUACUGGUGUAUGUAUAGAUGACAAAGUAUAUUUCUAUAAACUUGGCAGUUAGGUGCAUGUGUGCGUUUCCAUCUCUGUAUUUCAGGGCACUGUGUUGUUUCUGUGCGUAGCUGAGGGCAGGAGAGAAGUGGGUGUGAAAGGGCCGAGAUGCUGUCAGUAUUUCCAGGCAAGCCCUCCAAUAAAUGUUGAUGUUGCCACAUUAUGGGAUCUGCUCUGUUGGCACGUUGAUGGCACCUGGGGCUCUGUGAGGCUGGGGGAAAUGGUGAGGGUUUGUUACUCCU